ACACUUUGAAAAGCAGGCAUUGGAACAGAAUAUUCCGAGCAUCAUUCGCAGGCGUGCCUCUCAAGGAGCGUACCACGAUCUCCUCGAAAUCAGCGGAUUUCUCGACAGAUAUGGCUUUUGCAGCUUCUCAGGACAAAUUUUAGAACGGAUACCUCUUCUCACGGAGGAAAUAUAACCCAAACCCAAAUCCUGAGCGAGAUACGGGACUUGACAGCUCCCGAACACGGAACGCGGACCACGAACAGCUGAAUCGUGUUGAUAUAACAGCCAUUUUUGGUUCUGAGGAGCACCGAAGGAACUAGUGCCGGGGAGCAGCUACACAGUAUGUUCCUUCUAGCAGGUCGAGAGACACAAUGUAAUCCUCCGACACGGACACAUUUCUCUGCCUUGUUUGAUGGGGUAAUAGCGCGGCUGAACUUGUGGAGGAUGGAUGGGAAGAGGGUACCCUACCUUCUGCAAGGAUUCUCAGGCAUUCCGUUAGGAUUUUAUAGGCUAAUGAUCAAGUUCCAACCUGUUAUAACCAUUUCAUAGACUACUAAGAAACUGGGCAGGCUGGAGAAGUAUUCGAACAGAAAUAACAGCAGUACAGUGACGAUAAGAAACAUAGUACGAAUAAACAGCAAGAGAUGCAUCCGCGAGGACCGUUGCGACAUGGGCGGUGUCCGUGAGGUGGUGUUCAUGAUGUUGCAACCACGGACCCCUUGACCAGCGCGCCAGGAGCUUCGCGUCAUACUAGGGAUGACCAACGAAGCUAUGAAAGCAGGUCCAACAAGGGUUCGAAGGGCAGCCACUGACUCCAUGCUUCGUGAUUUUUGGGUCUUGAAGACUCGAACAUUCGUCUGGCAGGCUUUGGAAUGGAAUAUCCCAUCCAAACCAUCGCAUUCACUAUCUGAUGGUAGCCAGUCACAGCUGUCUACGGAGUAGACGAGAUGGCGAGGGCUAUCCUUGGCAAUCCGAGGGAAGACAACACCAUGGUUCAUACUGCGUACAUAGGAUCAAAGACGGAGUGAUUUCGAAGCCUACUGCGUAUGAACCUGACAGGGGCCACCCAGUUGCGACAGGGUAUUCUUUGCUGGAUAUUAACUUGGGAUAAGACAAGGUUGGAUGGAGCUAAUAAAACCCUGGAUUUUGAGACCCGCCAUGUAAUUUCGGCAAGCGUUCCUGGUUCUGUCCAUCAACAGGCCGCUGAACAAUGACCCCAGCCCGAUGCUGAAGGAUACUCGGUCUUUUGAAGCUGUUGAACUUGGUCGGAUAUCGCCUUUGAGGACGGUGUGCUGUCAAUUGACAACGAUAAGUUACCCGUCAGGGGAAUAAGUUAUCUGCCAGCCAGCUCCAAUAAUGUCGUAUCCCGCUGCGUUGUCUGGUUUCAUAGCUAUCAGAGCAAUGGAUGGAGGAUUUUCAUAAAAAGACCAGGCCUUCUCAGGAAUCUUCGGGUUUGAGACGUCUACGCAGCGUAGUUAAUCACUAGCCCUAUGCAGGGCAUCAAUCGAAAGUCCUCGUAUUAUUGCCGAGACUAUCUCGGGCCCAACUGCUACAGAAUCUAGCUUCGGCCUCCAUGCUCUUUCUCAUCCAUCAACGCCUUCAAGAAUAAUAUAUAAUAAUAAGCAACGGAAGAACCGGACGCUCCCGCUGCGGCACUAUGGACCCCUGUACUCCUUACUCCGGCAGAACUCAGGCUUCAAAUUUAACUUAAAACGCCACGUUCCUUGGUAGUUAACGUUAGCGGGAAAUUCUGGUAACGGCCGCUGUUUUCUCCAUGGAACUCGUGCAUUCUCCUGCUGCAAAUAAUGAUCCAGACACUUGCACUUUGGAUAUUUUCGGUUUCUCAAGACUGUUGAUCUCGGCAGGCUCGGAAUUGAGACCCUGCUAUAAACUCGCGGUAGAUCCCUGUUUGAAUUUCGAAAUCGGAUCCCGUGCGGUUCAAACAUUCUGCUGAAUCUGAUGGAUCUCACCAGGAACAAUGAAUGAACUCUCCGCAGGGUCCGCUGCGCCUGUCAAUUGUUCAAAAGGCUCCGAGAUAUUUAGGUUAUCGCUCUUGAUCCCUCAAUAAUAAUACAGCCUAGCGAAUACGCGAAGUUGGAGCAAGGAUGGGUGUUUCAAGGCACUCCUUCGCUUGUCCAGAUGACUCCACGCAGGCCACAAGGCGCUGACGUUCUUGUGACUAUAUGGGGAUACAAGACAUAUUGAUGCAGCCAUAAUUAUUCUCAACUUGCCCCGUCAGCAAGUGAUGAGGGAACGCCCCAUUGGGCUACUAAACAAGAAAGCAGCAAUCCUUGAGGAACACCGGGUCCCCAACCUCAUAUUCUGACAGUGUCGCACUGCUAGAAUCCUAGCUACUCAAGUUCGGAAGCUCUCACUACACCUUCUACUAGACCGCCAUGCUGCCUGCUGGUGUUGGCCGUUGCGGCGACUUUGAGAUUCUAAACUUACGGAGGAUUCGAUGGACAUCUCAACGGUCGUAAUGCAAAAUGGGGUGGGCAUCCUACCCUGCACUGCUUCGUGCAAUCUCAGCAUGUAUGGAAAAUGCAUAUAUACCCAGCUGGGCCCGCUCUGAAUCCAACUUUUCUGCCAUUCCUUACACACUCUAUCCUUUACUUUUGGACAUUGUUAUCCGUCAAAGGCAAGUGCUUGCCGUCUCCUUUUGCCUAGCAGGGCAAGAUGGUCGUCCUCUCUUUACUAUGCCCGUUGAUGUUGCUUGGGCUUGCAAGUGCCCAGAUCAUCAAAGAUCCACUUGUUAAAAAUGUCCUCGAUUUUGAUUCCACCUUCGACGCUAGCCUACCCGCUCCGCAGAAGUAUACUUAUAAGAAAUGGACCACAUAUGAGAUUGAACAAGGGCUUCCGCCAGAUAGUACCUGGACUGCGAGUUAUUACGAGAAGGAGAGUCGACACUACUGUAGAGCUGACUUCUCCGUUUACAAUGUCACUUAUGCCGAUUGUCCUGAGCCCUGGGUUAUUGGCCACUGCGCCAAGGCAGAGAUUAGCAGAGAAGCUACCUUUGACUUACUUGGCCGCCUCCCAUCAAGUGCCCGCGGUGUGAUCUCUGACCUUCUCAAUGCAAAUAUCGAACGAGGCCUGAGCUUCAGGUGGCAUAACAAGCAUUCCGUGAUGUUGGGAGGAUAUUUUCGCCCAGCUGAUGGCCUCAAAGCAGCGUUGGCAGCACUAUGGGUUGGUGGGCCUGGGGUUCCCUAUGAAACCUUUUUGAACGCUGUUAAUGCCGAUACCUGCGUGGCUGAUACACGUGCUGCGGAGUCCUUGAAGCGGGAUGGGUCAUUGGGAGAUGCAGUAGAGAAAGGGUUUGCAGUCGCGGCAUAUUUGAAGCUUGUCAAAGGCACUCCCCCAUUUGAUGCAAGCUGCAUGAGCAAUCAACUCAAAGUCCUUGGAGCAAUUCUGGAUCAGAGGUGGGAUGCACCAGGCCAGUGCCCGGACAAGAAAGCGCCCGAACUCGUGAAGUACAGAAGUGUUCUGUUUUCAGCCGGAAUAGAAGUACUCAACACGGAUCCCGUGCCAGGCUCUAGGCCUGCAGAAGUUGUGUAUUGGCCAAAGUUCAAGGGCUAUCCCGAAUUUUGCUGGAAUGAGGCUCGGGCACAGAGGUCAAAUGAUGACCUGAGGCCCCGGUGCGAACCUAGGCGUCUUAAUGUCUUUAAUGUCACCUACGAAGACUGCCCGGACCAAGACCCCUGGGUAAUCUGUCAUUGUUCUGAUGCACAGCAGUCAUUGGAUGAUGUGAUCAGGCGAGUUGGCCAGCUGCCACCAGGAUUGCGGAGCCACAUGAUUCACCUUAUUGCCUUCGAACAUAGCUCUGUUGGUGGUGCCGCUGUUCUCCCCUGGAAUAUGGUCAUGAUCUUCGGCGAAGCGCAAGAUAGUGUAUAUAUGCAUGAGGCUAGCCACUGCAUUGACCGAGGAUUCUAUGCGAGCGAGACCUUCCGAACUGCCAAAGCAAAGGAUUCUUGUUGGCCAACACACUACUCCAAAUCUGCAGAUAUCGAGCUUUUCGCUGAGAUUGGUGUGCUAUAUCUUUAUGAUAAGAGUGGCAAGACACUCAUCCAGCGGGGACAUGACCCAGCUUGUCUCGCCAACGGGCUGAAGGCAAUUGACGCGUAUGUCGGCCUCGACUAUCAACGAGGCGGCAGCAAAUGUUUCAAGCGAAAGCCAAAUUCUAAGGUUGUUUAUCCACCCGGGUUCCAAAUCCAGAGUCCGGAGCCGUAUAUCAGCAACGCCGUGAUUGAGGACUUCUCCAACCCUGGUGAUGUGUCCUCGCUGUCCUCACUGUCCUCACCAGCCUCACCUUGGGGCGACUACCCGCGGGAGAUCCAUGGGCAAUAGAUCUAAGGGUUUAUCAUAGAAGCUGUUAUCAUGUUUCCUCUUUUCUUCUUCCAUUAUUGUUAUUCUGCCCGAUUUAAUCUGUUUUCUUCCCCCCUUGUCUACCUAAGCUUUUGAGGAAAGUUUUUAUCUUCUAGAUACAUGGUGCUAGUAGGUGCAUUUUGGGGGAGGUUAUCUUGAAUGACAAACAGACGAUUAUAGGCUUCUCCGUAACAUAAUAAGUGAAAUCGUCUAUUGUAGUAUAUCAUCAUAGUUUUAUUCCGUAUAUAAGAAACUUUCUAGCGCCCGCUUAUUGCCUUUGGGGGCUUGGCGUGUAGAUAGGCUAGGCACCGAGUUCUUUUCCCAUAACUAGUUAGGGUAACUUAACUAACUAGUUAACUGCGCCUGGUGAGCUCCAAAUCUGUUAACUACACCUACGCAGGAUUACAGCUUUUCAAACACCACCACUAAUAGUUGCAUAGUUACUUCUAUUAUUAGUCUCUCAAAUAAUACAUAUCAAUGUCUCAACUCCUCCACCCUUUAUCCUAACACCCCACCCCGCUGCUCUGGUGUCCGGGUUCCAAAGUUACCCCCACCUGCAAUUGGAAUGCCCUGUCCUUCCUAUUGACCAACCUCACAGAACCUUAGAAAGUCACUAGUUACAGACUAUUUUUCACGCGCGGAGGUUUUCCCUCGUACAAUUAAAAGCCCAUCCUAUUGGUGUUCAAUUGUUGAUGGGGGCAUGACAUGGAUUCUAACACAUAUCCCAUUCAAAUGCACCAACCGGGGCUUGAAACUACAAAGGAUGGUUGACGGAGAGGAACACAGCAUAUUUGCGAUUUCGCCGAAUACAAAAAGCAUACAAAAAACGGAAAGAAAAUGAAAAGUUGGCCGAAACUGGUCUACUCCUCCCACCCACCGCCCGGGUAGACCCCCUGUAGUCAUAUGAACCUACGAAAGCUGAUUAGAUCGCGAUUACUACUUCGAUAGCAGGGAAUACUCACCGUGUUCCUGGCUAUAUAUAGCCAUCAUGACGCUCCGAGGCGUAUAUUCGAUCGGUUCGGUUCGAUUCUUGAUAGGAGACAUUGGUUAGGAUGAACAUUGAGAUAUCAGUGAAAAGGCCGGACCUACCAGUUUGUGAGUUUUCCUUAGCCACCACGACGCUCCGAAGCGCCAAACCCCAUUGAUUUGUAGUCACCACGACGCUCCAACGCGUAUACCCGGUCGGCUCGAUUCUUUAUGAGGCAUGGGCUUUCAUCCGCCACCACUACGCUCCGAAGCGUAUAACCUCUUAUCCUCCGUAGCCCGCAACGCUCCAAAGCGUAUAGUUC